GUAGAGGAGUAGCGGGUAGAGGACGUAAGGGCGGUGGAAGGAGUGAGCGGCAUCGGUGCUAUCGACAACAGCAGUCAGAUAGUGAUGAAGCGUGCGGGAUGUGUGAAUUCCGACCAAAAUGGAUGCAGAUAUUCAACAACCCACGGGCCUUGCUCUUCUUUCUUUGCGCAGGAUCUUUUAUACAAGGUUUUGUCCUUAAUGGACUCAACAGCGUCAAUGCCACUUCCUUAGAGAGACGGUUUGGGCUGAGUAGCUCCAAUAUUGGCAUGAUAGCCAGCGUCUACGACAUAUCGGCAGCCAUAUUUGGAGUACUCAUCAGUUACUUGUGUUCCAGAGGACACAAACCACGAUGUCUAGGAAUCUCAAUCUUGGUGAUGGGCCUUGGUUCCUUAGUAAUGGCUCUUCCACAUUUUACCACUGAUCGUUACAAAAUGGGAUCGGAAAAUGUGCUAGACCAAAGUGUCUGCCUAACAGGUAAUAACACACAUUGUAGAGCUAACACUAACGGAAGCAGGCUGUCAUGGUACCUGUAUAUUUUCCUCAUUGGUCAAAUCCUCAAUGGAGUUGGUGGAGCAACGUUAUACACGGUCGGCUUCGCCUGUAUUGAUGACAAUGUCUCUCACAAACGCUCUCCUGUAUAUAUUUCUAUAUUGUUGUGCCUUACGAUGGUCGGUGUUGCCGUUGGUUACACAGCUGGUGGGAAGCUUCUAGAUUACCAUGUUGAUUUCCUGUUCAUCGAUUCAAACAGGAUUAACACGGAUCCAAAGAAUCCUCGCUGGGUAGGUGCCUGGUGGGUUGGCUAUUUAGGUGGCGGCCUUAUUGCCAUAAUAAUGGGCCCCUUCUUGCUAUUCUACCCAAAGAAACUACCCGGUAAGCGGUCACUUAUUUUCAGGAAAAACAAAAGACGAAGUAUGUUUAAUUACUCUUCUGAUCCUUCUAAUGCUAUAUUCUUUCAUUUAGGUAUGGUCGUGGUGCCAGCUGGAGCAGCGGGCCAACUGCUGGGCGGUUACCUCAGUCGACGGUUGCAGUUACAUGUGAAGGGCAUGGCACGAAUGUGCAUAAUUACGUUGACACUGUCGUCUGUGGGGAUAGCCGCAUUUUGGGCCAGAUGUGACUCUGUCCCGGUUGCAGGGAUCAGUGCCAGCUACAAUGCCAACAAACAACCGUACGACAUCGUGAACCUCACUUCCAAAUGUAAUGAGUUGUGUCAUUGUACAACUGAAAUUUAUGAACCAGUCUGUUCCCCAGAUGGCUUACAAUAUUUUUCACCCUGUCACGCUGGUUGCACCAAAAUCUCAGCAAAUGGAGAUUUUUACAUGAACUGCAUGUGUGUUGAAAACGCAGUAAACUUUCAGCAAAAGCCGACAGUAGAACCACAGACCGUGUCACGAAACACUUGCGUGCAUGACUGCACGCAGAUAUAUUUCUUCCUACCAGCUGUCUUUCUUAAUGUAUUCUUUAGUUUUAUAGCACAGACUCCAUUAGUAUCAAUGGUUCUCAGAUGCACAGAUCAAGACCAAAGAGCUUUUGCUUUAGGACUUAAUGCUUUCCUCGUUCGCAUGCUUGGUAGUUUGCCGGGCCCACUUCUCAUUGGAACAAUCAUCGACAGGGCAUGUUCAGUGUGGCAGUCAACAUGCGAAGGAGAUUCUUCCUGUUGGAUUUACAACGACAUAGGACUAGCUGCCAACCUCAUCGUGCUAGUCCUUACCCUGCGCCUCGUUUCCAUUGUCAGCCUCUUUCUCGCCGAUCGUUUUUACAAACCAUUAACAUCGUCAGCCCCAACAGAAGCACCAACACGGACAACGACGACGACGACGACAGCGGCGUUGGCAGUGACAGGAGGGGCAGGUUCGGGGCCAGGGGUGGUAUCUGGAGCAAGGACGGGUCGGGGGGGAUCGGGUUUGGAGGGAAACAAUACAAAUACAUAUUCGCCGCCGCAGCCGUCGCCACCUAAUAAAGACGCUGUUGGUGUUGGCGGUGACCACCACCAGCGAAACAGUGACGUUUAUUCAGAAAAUUUAGUUAUACCAAAACGUUAUAGUGUACAUAUACUUGAAAACGAUAUACAAAAUUAUAACCCGGUAGACGUAUGAUAUCAAUAUGUAAUAAACAAAACGAACAAAAGAAAAGAGAAACAAGAAAUUUAUAAAAACAAAAUAUACAAGUAUACAAAUAUACAAACAAAAAUUCUUUAAAAAAAAAUAUAA